AUGGAGGUCAAUAAUACUGAGAAUGUGACAUACUAUUAUUAUUAUUAUUAUACUGGAGAAGACCUAAUCAGGCAGUGUCAUGUGGAGGACUUCAGCACAACCACAGGAGCAAGUCUUAUCAUCAUCUUUUGCCUCAGCUUUUUGGGAAAUGCCACUCUGCUCUUUGGUCUCAUCCGGUUUGAGAAUAUCAGGCGAGUAACCAUGCUGUUUCUACUCUGCUUGGCUGGAUUUGAUGUGCUGUUUACACUGACCCUCCCAUUCUGGGCUGUGGAUUAUCUACACCAAUGGAUUUUUGGCGAGUUUGCAUGUCAGAUCCUAACCGGGGCAUAUUUUGUAGGAAUUUAUGGAAGUCUUAUUCUCCUGACAGCCAUGACGGUUGAUCGUUUUUUUGUCAUAGUGGUGCGCAGCCAAUGGCUCACCCGAAGACGGAGGCAAAACUGUGCCAGAGCAGCCAUCGUUGGGACAUGGAUUAUCAGUAUUGGAGGCUGUAUGAAAGACGCCUUGGCCUCCAGGGUUCUAUUUCAGGGUAACUUUACAACCUGCAACACCAUGCCCAGUCAAGACGACAAACCCGGAUACUACACGCAGCUCUCAUUGCUCUUUGUUAUCCCGGUAAUAAUAAUCAUCCUGUGCUACAGCAUGAUCCUGCACACACUCAUGUCAACCUCAGGACGGCGGAAGUACUGGUCCGUACUUGUUAUUUUGGCUAUCGUUGUUGCUUUCGUCAUAUGCUGGGGGCCCUAUCACAUCCUUAUGAUCAUAAUGGGUCAGCUUGAUCAGAAGAAUUGUGAUGUGGAAAGACAGCACAAUCGGGCAUUCCUUGUCUGCCGUAUACUUGCCUAUUCGCACUGCUGUGUCAAUCCACUGCUGUUUCUGCUUCGAGAAAGGUUCCGAAGAAUUCUCUCCAGUUUUCUGUUCUGCUCUCCAAGACUCAGGAGCUCUAGCCAACAGGAGGAACCUUCUGAACCCAGCCACCCCAGUUUUUACCAACGUCGUGCCAGCAUAGCAUAUCAACAGAAUGAUACCGAGCUUAAAACACUGAGAGAUUCUUAA